AUGCCCUCGGCCACUACAAGACCUCCCAUGCGACCCUCAUUGUCUCAAUCGGUCCGCACCGCCAGUAUGCCUCGCCGCAAGCGGAAGCCGCGACCGCAAUAUCCCCAGCACUCUACUGAGCGCCACGUCGAGUACAUCCUGGUCGCCUCGUUCGACAUUGAUACUGGCUCGGUCAUGGAGCACCAGUAUCCCGCUGCAAUUGGAGGCGACGAGCACAUGUUGGCAGAACUCAUGCUGCCCGAUCAGACCCAUCUGCGAAGCCAGGACUGGACCGUCUUCUUCUUGCACAAGGACCAGUCUCCCGAGGACGACCUACAACAGAGGAGAGAUAGACGCAAACAACAGAGGGAAGAGAAGAAACGGAAUCAAGCCGAAGCCAAGUCUGAUCAGGAUGGAACAAUCCCAGAACUAGACAACGAGUCAGACGACAACACCGAAGAUGCAGAGUCCGAGGACGAUGCUGUCAAGAGUACGCAGGGCACUCCGCUGGUCUACGUCCUCAAUCUCGUCAACACCAAGCACGAUGCCAACGUAAAACGAGGUGCCGUCGUCAAGGCUAUGGCCAUCUGUACGAGGCACUCGUUCUUGCAUAUAUACAAGCCAUUACUCCUGCUCGCCUUGGAGGACUACUUCCGUUCGCCCACCAUCGAGACCCUAGCUUCCCUGUACGAGUCUGUCAACGCUAUGGAUCUCUCACUACUCCCGCGACUAUCGUUCCAGGAGCGAUACAUCUUACAAGCCUCUGAUGUCAAGGAUUUGUUCAUCGAGAAAUUCGAGGCCAUGAUCCAGAAACGCAUUCAUGAGGAAAGGGCCAAAGACCAGCCUGACGACAAACAACAUCAGCAGCAGACGCCGCGUCAAAGAUAUGGUUUACCACGAGAUACCCACGAGUUCGAUUCAGUUGUACAUUACAACAAGAUCCCCGUGCCCAUCAAAAUCCCCACUGCCUUGUCUCUGGAGACUGUCGGCGACUUUUCGCUCAUCAAACUCAUCCAGACUUUCAGCACACCGCACUCCGCCUCGCCUCAACCUUUUACUCAGCAUCACCCGCACCUAACCACAUCUGGUCCUCUCACGCAUCCUAUUAUCGUGCUUCUCAAUGCAUUGCUCAGUCAAAAGCGCAUCAUCUUUAUCGGCCAUAAUCUGCCUUCGUCAGAAGUAGCAGAAGCUGUACUAGCUGCUUGUUCGCUCGCCUCUGGUGGCUUCUUGAGAGGCUUCACCCGCCACGCAUUCCCAUAUACAGAUCUUACCAAGAUCGAUGAUCUGCUCAAAGUUCCGGGCUUCAUCGCCGGUGUCACUAACCCGGCCUUUGCUACACACACUCAGUGGUGGGAUGUCAUGUGUGAUUUGCCAACGGGACGCAUCAAGAUCAGUCCCAAGAUCGAGCAAGCUCCGUUGACAGAAGGUGUGCUCUUUUUCCAACAGAGCGGAAUCCCACAACCCCAUAAUGCACCGGGCGCUGUUUCAGCAGCCGGUACGGCGACAGGUGCAGGCAUGAGUGGUUUCCCAUCCAUACCUUCCGGAGCCGGAGAUCCAACGGGUGAUGUAGCGUUCAUGGCCAGUGUCCUCGCUUCCAUCGCGGAGCGCCGUGGCGAGGGUGCUGUCCGUUCAAAGUUUCGUCUCUGGAUCCUCAAGUUCAUCCGUAUAGCAGCGUCCUUCGAAGAGCUUGUCUACGGUGCGUCAGCAAUUUUCGCAUAUUACCCUCCUGGUUCGCCAAUCACACCAGCAACAGCUAGCAUGGACUUUCCCUCACCAAUGACGGUACUGGAUGCCGCUUUAGAGGAUCCUGCUGUUGCAGGUCAUGGCCACGUGUGGCCGUCCCAAGAAGCCAAGAUGCGUGAACUUGCUGCCAAUGCUACCCGUAUCGAAGGCUGGACAAAGACGCGAAGCUACUAUAACUUCAUCCAAGAUUUCAGCGUCAUGUUCUCGUUGCGUCCAAUCCAAGAUCUCGAUCUCCAGCACUUGCACGACAAACUGACAAAACUACGUCUUGGCAACGAUGCCUCUGCGUCAGUCUACCUCGCCAUCUGUGCCAGAGUAAAGACAUACGAGCAGAUCAACCAGUUACUGUCUGUCUUUGCUUACGGCGGUCCGGCGGUGAUGAAUGACAGGCAAAACGGCAUGUUUUACCUAGCCCUUGGACUCAUGCACCCCAGACUAGAUGUCCGAGAAACUGUUGCCGAGUUGAUUGACAAGAUCAGAGUACACGAAGCCGGAAGGCACUUCUGGGCUGCGCUUGGUAGAUUCGAGCAAGCGGCUUUUGAUAGGGUUGUGCUUGCCAAGGCUGAGAGGGAAGAUAGUGGGCUGUUGGGUUGA